UUAACUAUUAACGUCUCUGCCCCACCAGAUCUCUACAGCCCCGGUUUUCCUCUACGCCAGGCAACAAAUCCAAAGCAACCUCAUCUUCUUCUUCUUCAUACAACAAAACCGAAAACCCAUUUCCCUAUUCUCAUUUUUCAGCCAGUAAAGGAAGGUUUUUUUUUUUUUUUCAAACGAUAAUGGCGAUACGGCAAGGGUCAUUGAGAGAGAAGCUGCUCUCUGUUAAGGGCUACCCAGAGCCUGGCUUAAGCGUUGUGGAAUCCAACGAUGAAGACCUACAGCGUUGUUGUUGCUCGCGGCGGGUCAUUUGCGAUAAAAUCGCGAGCUUUGUAAAGAGUUUGAUCGAUGUAUUUGGUAAGGCUGUUCGUAUGGGCAGGUCUGAUCCAAGGAAGAUUGUGUUCGCAGCGAAGAUGGGUUUGUCUUUGGUGCUUAUUUCACUGCUGAUUUUCCUGAAAAUGCCUCUUAAAGAGCUCAGUAGUCACUAUGUUUGGGCUAUUCUUACUGUUGUGGUUGUGUUUGAGUUCAGUAUAGGAGCAACACUUAGCAAAGGAUUUAACCGCGGGUUGGGGACAUUCUCAGCUGGAGGGCUUGCUCUUGCUACUGCAGAGCUUUCAGUAUUGGCUGGAGAGUGGGAAGAAGUUUUAAUUGUUAUCAGUAUCUUCAUUAUAGGAUUUUUGGCUACUUAUGCAAAGCUAUAUCCUACAAUGAAGCCUUAUGAAUAUGGGUUUCGUGUGUUCUUGCUGACAUAUUGUUACAUAAUGGUAUCUGGGUAUAGAACAAGGGAGUUUAUUCACACAGCUGUAACACGGUUUUUGCUCAUUGCCUUGGGUGCUGGUGUUUGUUUGGUAAUAAAUAUAUGCAUUUAUCCCAUUUGGGCUGGUGAAGAUUUGCACAACUUGGUGGUGAAAAAUUUCAGGAAUGUGGCAACUUCUUUGGAAGGUUGUAUUAACAGGUACCUCAGUUGUAUUGAAUAUGAGAGGGUCCCUUCUAAAAUUCUUAUUUACCAAGCUGCCGAUGACCCAGUUUACAGUGGCUACAGAUCAGCUGUAGAAUCAACAAGCCAAGAGGAUGCUCUGAUGGGAUUUGCUAUUUGGGAGCCGCCUCAUGGUCCUUACAAGUCAUUUAAAUAUCCAUGGAAGAAUUACGUUAAAGUAAGUGGCGCACUAAGGCAUUGUGCAUUCAUGGUUAUGGCGUUGCAUGGAUGCAUACUUUCAGAAAUACAGGCUCCAGAGGAUCGGAGACAAGUCUUUCGUCGUGAGCUGCAGAGGGUGGGUAUUGAAGGUGCUAAAGUUUUGCGUGAACUUGCGAAUAAAAUUAAGAGAAUGGAGAAAUUAGGUCCAGUCGACAUACUCUCUGAAGUGCAUGAGGCUGCAGAGGAAUUGCAGAGCAAGGUUGACCGGAAAUCAUACCUUCUUGUCAAUGCAGAGAGCUGGGAAAUUGGAACCCGGGCGAAGGUGCAGGGAGAACCCCAAGAAUCACUUAAGUUGGAUGAUGAAGAAAAUGAAGUGCUUGAAUAUAAAUCUCGUAGCGAAGCUGUACUUGAUCUCAGAUCAGUUAUGCACACAAAUUGGGAAUUCCAUAGCUCAAACAUAGGUAUGAAUUCCAGAAGGAUACCAGACAUUCCUCCUGAAAUGAAGAAACAAAUAUCAUGGCCAGCUCGAAUCUCAUUUGAUGCUGAUGCAAUGCCACAUUUGGAAAAAUCAAAAACGUAUGAAAGUGCAAGCGCCUUGUCUCUAGCGACUUUUUCUUCACUUUUGAUUGAAUUUGUUGCCAGGUUGCAAAAUGUUGUUGAUGCUUUUGAAGAGUUAGGUGAGAAAGCAAAUUUUAAGGAACCUAUUGAUCAAUCAGCAAUGGAGGCAGCGCUGCUGCCAAUUGGGUGGUGGACCAGAUUGCGGAGAUUGCUGAAGUUCUAGAAUCCAAACAGAAACAUUUUUCUGUUAAAAUCCUGAAACAUGAAACUCAAAUCUUAUAUGAAUUCUCAAGCUACCUAUUGAUGGAAUCACAGCUUCUGACAUUGGUUUCAAGACUUUCCAACAUACAUCGGUCUCAGUUUUUUAAGUCUGAAGACAAUGGAGGCUGAUUUCAGAACAGCAAAUUUUUGCAGACAAGAAAUGGUGUACAAACUCUCUUGUAGUGGUAGUUUUAUCAAGGAUAGACUGGUAGAUCUAAUAUCUGGAAGCAGAGAGAAAAUUUCUGAUGAAUUUUUCUUUUGGAUGACAAGACAAAUCCAGUUACCAUGAAUUUGUAUGAAAACAUGGUAGAAUAUAUAUGAAAAUAAACUUUUUGUUGCUCUGUUUAUUUUUGGCAAUAAUAUAUGUAUCCAAUUUUGUGUAUCUA